AUGACAAAAGACACCCUCCCAAGCCACCAAACCCGCCUCGCCAGCCGCGCCAACCAAAUAACCAACACCUCCGGCCUAGCCCCAGGCCACCUGCAAGCCAACCUCCUAAUCCUCCCCGCCCGCUACAGCCAAGACUUCCACCAACUCUGCCUCCGCAACCCGGUCGCCUGCCCCCUCCUCGGCAUCUCCACUGAACCAGGCAACCCCCACCGCAUCCAGCCCGCAGGCUGCAUCACCACCGGCCCAGACGACUUCGACAUCCGCACCGACUGCCCCCUCUACCGCAUCUACAAGCACGGCAAACCCAUCGCCACGCACCAGAAGACCCUCCUCCCCUUCUGGCCGAACCCGGACCCAUCCCCUCAACAACCCGCACAGCAUGAAGCAUACGUAUCCUUCCUAAUCGGCUGCUCCUACUCCUUCGAAUCCGCCCUCACCGCCGCCGCCCUGCCCCCGCGCCACCAGACCACCCAAACCCUCGUCCCCAUGUACCGCACCACCAUCCCGCUCCUCCCCGCGGGCAUCUUUACCGGUGGACGCACCGUCGUCUCCAUGCGGCCGUACCCGGCCCACGAAGUGGAGCGGGUCCGCGCCCUGACGCGGCCGUUCCUGGCCACCCACGGCGAGCCCGUCGAUUGGGGGUGGGAGGCGCUCUCCCGGUUGGGGAUUGGGGAUCUGCAGGCGCCCGACUUUGGGGAGCCGGUGCCUGUGGAAGAGGGGGAGGUGCCGGUUUUCUGGGCUUGCGGGGUUACGCCGCAGUUGGCGGUGGAGGCUGCCGGGGAGAAAAUCGAGGGGUUGGUGUUUGCGCAUGAGCCGGGCCAUAUGUUGGUCACGGAUUGGAGGGAGGAGGACUUGGUGAGGUUGGGGCGGGGGUUGGGGGUUUGA